GGACUUGAGUCAUAGCAGCAGCAGCAGAGGUCAAAGAAUUUGUCUCAUCCCCUGGUUUUCUGCCUAAUCCAAAUGCCCUGCUUUAUUCAUGUGUAUAUUCAAUAUUAAUUUUCAUACUUGGUCUGCAUUCUCUGCAGACUUUUUUGUUCAAAUAUUUCAUUCCGCAGGAAGCACCUCGACCUCCUUCCAAGCUGAAGAAAUCUUCGCCUCAUAAGCUAUCGCUGGUUUGGUUCUCGUCACUCACUGCAGUAGUCGGCUCAUUUCAUUUCCAGAGGGGUAGGCAGCGGUGGAGAGAGGGUGAGGGAUCAAGCAGGCGUUGUGUUUGGAUAUAGUCGGAGGAGUUAGAGCUCUUAGAUUUCAGUUCAUUUGAAUGCCUGGUGUGAAUUGAACAAUAACCAUGGCAGUCCAGCACCCUCUUGAACUGGAAAAUUCUUCCUGUGAUGAUGAUGGGCGUCCACUAAGAACUGGAACUUUGUGGAGUUGCACCGCACAUAUAAUUACAGCUGUUAUUGGCUCUGGAGUUCUAUCUUUGGCUUGGAGCACAGCUCAAUUAGGAUGGAUUGCAGGGCCAGUUGUCUUGCUCUGCUUCGCAAUUGUGACGUACGUUUCUGCGUUCCUCCUGUCAGAUUGUUACAGGUCUCCCGACCCUGUAACAGGAUCACGAAACUACACUUACAUGGAUGCUGUUAGAGUAAAUCUAGGUAGGAUACAUACAUGGUUUUGUGGUUUGCUUCAAUACUUGAGCAUGUAUGGAACUGCUGUUGCUUAUGUUAUUACUACUUCAACCAGCAUGAGAGCAAUUCAAAGGUCGAAUUGCUACCACGGAGAAGGGCAGGAAGCUGCAUGUAAAUAUGGGAAUACAAUGUUCAUGGUUAUUUUUGGACUGAUUCAAAUAGUAGCAUCACAAAUACCACAUUUACAUGACAUGGAAUGGCUCUCAGUAAUUGCAGCAAUAAUGUCCUUCACCUAUUCUUUUAUAGGGUUUAGUCUUGGCUUUGCAAAAGUAAUAGAGAAUGGGAGGAUUAAGGGAAGUAUCAAUGGAGUCCCAGCUGCUAAUGUUGCUGAUAAACUAUGGUUAGCCUUUCAAGCACUAGGGGAUAUUGCUUUUGCCUAUCCAUACUCACUUAUUCUUCUUGAGAUUCAGGAUACACUGAAAUCACAUCCACCAGAGAACAAGACCAUGAAGAAGGCCUCAAUGAUUGCAGUAUUUAUUACAACUUUCUUUUACCUGUGCUGUGGAUGCUUUGGAUAUGCAGCCUUUGGCAACAAAACUCCUGGAAAUCUCUUGACAGGAUUUGGGUUUUUUGAACCUUAUUGGCUCAUUGAUUUUGCAAAUGCUUGCAUUGUUCUUCAUCUGGUGGGAGGAUAUCAGAUAUUUAGUCAGCCAGUGUUUGCAUUUGUGGAAGGUUGGUCCGCUAAGAAAUAUCCAAGAAGCCGGUUUGUGAAUAGAUUCUACCCUUUAAAGCUCCCAUUGUUUCCUCCUCUUCAAAUCAAUCUUUUGAGGCUAUGUUUUAGAACAGCCUAUGUUGCUUCAACAACUGCUAUUGCAAUGGCCUUCCCUUACUUCAACCAAGUUUUAGGAGUUCUUGGGGCCUUGAACUUUUGGCCUUUGGCUAUAUAUUUUCCUGUGGAAAUGUAUUUAUUGCAGAAGAAAAUUAGGGCUUGGACAAGAAAAUGGAUUGUUCUUAGGACUUUUAGCUUUGUUUGCUUUCUUGUGACUGUUGUGGGCUUAAUUGGGUCUAUUCAAGGGCUUAUUAGUGCUAAAUUUGGCUAAUUAGAGACUUGCUAUUAGUUUUUAUUCUUUUAGCCAUUAAGAAAUUAUUAUUAAGUCCUUAACUAUGUUUUUA